GUGUAACUUCGGCUAACAAGUAACACAUACCAUUAUAAAAGGACUAUUGCCUAUCUAUGCUGUCUUAUGUUCUUUACCUUCUUGCGUGGCCUCGAAGAUGCAGUCCGCCGACAUACAUCUCAGACAGCGCCCGUCAUGGCUGGCCACGCUCGACUGGGCUAGCACUGUCAGUGGCUUCCUUCUACUUGUUACUGGGAUUCUUAUGAUAAUGAAUGGACAUUGCUCCCAGCCUCAUGGGCUCAGCGCCGAUGCGCCUAUGUGUGUCGGCUCCCAGUUGUCUGUGCAGAGCUGGCUCGCCAUCACCGGCAUCCAAUUCUCGCUUCUCAGUACUAUUCUACUGCCCCGUGUCUCGACAAUGAUACUUUCCAAAUGCUUUACAAAAGCAGCUGAAACUACAGGGAUACGAUUCGACCGCCUGCUUAACUCUCUGUCUACAGCCCCGCUCUCCGCCCAACUUCGGGGAUCUAAGAAGCUCCUCCUACUUCGGUGCCUCGUCUUCAUGCUCGCAGCGCUGGUGAGCGUCCUCUACAAGUUUUCCUUCGUGACCGUUGAUGCACAAGGCAUGGUCGCAAUUCCAAACGGUCAGGCGUACUACAACUAUGGCUCUGACGGUUACCCCGAUGCCGACACCAGCUACACAGAAAUCGGCGAGUCUGACAUUCCCCGAGAGCACAACUAUGCUCUAGGGGAUGGGGUCCCGACUAACAUAUUAUCCGCAAACCUCAUUGACUUCCUUACCGUCAACAAUGGCUCCGUGAUCGCCGUAAGCGAUCCUGGCAAGACUUUCGAGCACUCAACCGAUCUCAUAAUAGGGCCAAAAGUGAACGCCACGCGGCUUACCAAUAUUCAUAAUGGGACUGUGGAAUCAUGCAACCCCUUGUUGUACCUUCGGAGCUCGUUCUACGUCCUUCGGCAACUAGUAGACGGUUUCGACGCUAUCAAGUGGCCCCUUGUCAAGUCAACACCAUACAAUAACGGGGUAAGAUUCGACUUCAAACCCUGGAACUCAACCACGUUUAAUGGAGGCUUCAUGGACAUCACUUCUCUAGCCAACGGAUCGCUGCAGGCUUGGGCUGUAGGGCAUCCACUUCCUUCUCAGAGCCAGUACCUCUACGAUUAUAGAAUUACCGUUAACAUGCGGUAUUGUUACGGUUAUGUUAACUGGACGAACUCAGCUGUGUUUGGCCAUUUCGAGAUCGAGGACCCAACUGAUAUCAAAUGCCAGGCUCUUCCUUUCGACGUCGCCGCCUGGAACCAGACUUUGUGGUCCUUCAACGCGAAGGCUUUCAUGCAGGCAGCAUGCGCCGGAAAGACUGAUAUCGACGAUUCUUUCUGGAUGUUUGCGUUGCCCAUAAUCCCGAUUAUGACUGAUCACUCAUCUGUCCACGGGAAGUUUGCCCCACCAGAGGAGAGGAACACACGGUGUAACAACGUUGCUCAGGACUCAUUUGCGGUCGCCGAGGGUAUAAUAAGAGCCUCGCGGACGGGGAUGACGGCUCUGGGAAUAGCUCUUCAGGGGUUGGCAAUCAUGGCGGCAAUCAUGGCGAUGUGCUUGAUUAUUUGGCCAAGGCUGCCACUGCUUACAGAGUGGCCUGCGCAGUGGCUUGCUUUGGGUAAGGGACUGGAUAAAACUAUAAUAAAGGAAGUGGCCAAAGACGGCGCCACAGGAAGCAGUGUUAAGUCCAAGGUAGUCGUGUUUCUGUCCUCAUCGACGGAGGAGAGAGGUGAGUUACGUUUAACAUGUGCCAGGCCAUAGGAAAGAGAUCCUCCCCUUAGUAAUUGGAUUUUAUUCUACUUUAUAAAUCUAUUAUUAUAUUUUUAGGUUUCUAAAA